UCCGGUAUAAACAGAUCUCUGACCCAAAACCAUGUUCAGAAAAGUAAGCACCCUAAGACAAACUGUGGGUUGCGCUUUAAGAAUUAAUGCCAUCAGAAAUGUGCACUACGAGCAAGGACAGUCCCCAGAGCCCAAAAUUAGAGAAUAUUUCUACUACAUAGACCACCAGGGACAGCUUUUUCUAGAUGAUGCAAAGAUGAAAAACUUCACCUCCUGUUUUAAAGAAAAAGACUUCCUACAGUUCUUCUUCAAAAGGGUCAAGUUCAACAAUACAGGGCGGUAUGAAGAAGAUUUCCCCUAUGUCUCACCCUGUGGUAGAGAGAGGAAUUACAUUCGCUGUGAUGACCUCCCUAUUGUAUUCACACAGAUCUUGGAAACUGCUGAUGGAGAACCAGAUCUUCUAUCAUGCAAUCAUACAGGAGACAAACUCACAUUGACCUUUGACCCAGAAAAAGUCUGUAUGUUACCAGAGACGGGACGGAUAUAUCAUCCAGCCGGUGAUCGAGUUGGCGGAGUUGGUUUGAUAAAAUCAGCCCUUGCAAUAGAACUGAGUAAAUAUUUUGAGUUUAGUCCUGAUAAAGAGUUUGAACCACCUGUAUAUUUUACAUGGAAAGGUCACAGAUACUCUCUGACUAAUGAACUGAUCCCUUCCUUGAAGAAAAUGGACAAAUUCAAGUCACCAGCUUAUGUGCCAGAAAUAUAACUGACAAAUUCUGAAUUUGUGAAUGAAUUAAUUAUUUACUGUAGCAAAACAUUACGGGUCUGUUAGAUUGCUGAAAAGCAUGGAAUUGGUCCACCAUCAGGAACUGUUUUAUGUUUGUGCUCUAAAUCAUUAACAGGGGAAGAUGGAAAAUACAUUUUUACUGAGAUUUGGCUUUCCUUUUGAGAAAUAUGUCAAUUGUCAGAGAAUCUUAUAUUUAAAUGAAAUGUAUAAAUGUGUUGAGUAAUUUGAAAAAAAAA